AUGGUCAGAGCAGCGAGUGACGUCCACAUGGUCAGAGCAGAGAGUGACGUCCACAUGGUCAGAGCAGAGAGUGACGUCCACAUGGUCAGAGCAGCAAGGGACGUCCACAUGGUCAGAGCAGCGAGUGACGUCCACAUGGUCAGAGCAGAGAGUGACGUCCACAUGGUCAGAGCAGAGAGUGACGUCCACAUGAGCAGAGUGACCUCCACAUGGUCAGAGCAGAGAGUGACGUCCACAUGGUCAGAGCAGAGAGUGACGUCCACAUGGUCAGAGCAGAGUGACGUCCACAUGGUCAGAGCAGAGAGUGACGUCCACAUGGUCAGAGCAGAGUGA